AUGCCAACAGCAAGCUCCAGGCAUGAGGCUACAGGGCAGGUGAAGAGUGAAGGCCCCAAACUGGUGCCCUUCUUUAAAGCCACUUGUGUCUAUUUUGUCCUCUGGCUGCCAACUUCCAGCCCCUCCUGGUUCAGUGCCCUCAUCAAAUGUCUGCCCAUCUUCUGCCUGUGGGUUUUCCUUCUGGCUCAUGGAAUUAACUUCUUAGUGUCACACCGGAGUGCCAGCCGCAUCCUAGCAGGACUCAUAUUCUCGGCAGUGGGAGACGCCUUUCUCAUCUGGCAGGAGCAGGGCUACUUCAUUCAUGGUCUGCUGAUGUUUGCCAUCACACACAUCCUGUACUCUUCAGCCUUCGGCAUGAAGCCUUUGGACCUCAAAGCCGGCUUGUUGAUGGGCCUUGUUUCCAGUUCCUGUUAUGCCUUCCUGUACUCCUACCUCUCAGGCCCAUUCACCUACCUGGUAGCUGUCUACAUUGCCUUGAUCGGCUUCAUGGGCUGGCGAGCGGUCGCCGGCAUGCAACUGUGCAACGACCUCUGGACAUGGACCAAGCUCUCGGCCUGCAUCGGCGCGAUGCUGUUCAUGGUGUCGGAUCUGACCAUUGCACUUAACAAGUUCUGCUUUCCUGUGCCCUACUCGCGCUUCAUCAUCAUGGCUACUUACUAUGCAGCCCAAAUGCUUAUUGCACUGUCAGCUGUAGAGAGCAGAGAUGAAGAGGACUUCAGAAAGAGGAGCUAG